AUGCCUUCAGCUACAACUAUAUCAGAUGUCAUCGGCAUCGCUCGCCAGACCAUCGCAUCCGAGACAAAGCGUCUCCAGUCACACCUCGAAAAGGUUUCCCUCGACAUACAUUCACAUCCAGAGCUAUGCUACGAGGAGGUCUUUGCACAUGACACUAUUUUCGACUUCUUGGAGGCUAACGGCUUCACUGUAACUCGUCAUGCCUAUGAUAUUUCAACAUGUUUUGAGGCUGAGAUCGGCUCAGGCGAGGAAGAGCAAACUGUUAUCUACUGUGCAGAGUACGAUGCACUUCCUGGAAUCGGCCAUGCAUGUGGUCAUAACUUGAUCGCCCUGUCAAGUAUUACAGCGUUCGUGGCCAUUGCAAAGGCCAUGGCCGAAACCGGUCUCGCUGGCAAGGGCAAGGUGCGCUUACUUGGUACGCCUGCCGAGGAGGGAGGCUCCGGUAAGGUCAGACUUCUGGAUGCUGGAGCCUUCAAGGGUGCUUCUGCAGCUCUCAUGUCGCACCCAACCAGUAUGGGCCGUAUCAAGGAGGUCGAAGGAUACGCAGGAGCUGCAGGCCUCGUCACUAUUGCCGCUUCGAUGAUAUCAGCCGAUUUUUAUGGCAAGUCCGCUCAUGCUGGUGCAACGCCGUGGCAGGGCCAUAACGCCCUUGACGCGGCCGUUGGAUCAUAUGUUAAUAUCUCUAUGCUGCGACAGCAGAUCAAGCCGGCUGAACGCAUUCACGGCGUCAUCACUGAUGGAGGGAAAGCACCAAAUAUUAUUCCCGACAAGACAAGCAUAGUCUAUGGAGUUCGAAGCACAACAGCGGCUGGCUGCAAGGACUUGCUCAGAAAGGUCAAGUGCUGCUUCGAUGCUGCUGCAACAGCUACAGACUGUACUGUCAAAACUAAAUCACCUCUAUUUUACGCCGAUCAAAUCCUCAAUCCAGUGCUCUGCGAAGCUUUCACUGAAGAAAUGCGCUACUUGGGUGACGAGUUUCUGCCAAUAGCAAAGGAAACUGUUUCAUCCUCUACGGAUAUGGGCAAUGUCUCCCACGUUCUACCCUCGUUCCAUUGUUCAUAUGGCAUUCACUCCGGCGCAGCAUCGAACCAUACCCCAGGCUUCACAGCGGCAGCGGCAACGCCAGACGCCUUGGACAGGGCUAUCAGGGUUGGGCGGGGAUUGGCUAUGCUUGGUGUUUACAUCUUGCACAAUCCAGAAUUUAGUACCAGAAUGACUACUGCAUUUAAAGCUGCCAAGGCGCAAGCGGAUGCCAAUAUUUGA